UGUUGUUAGCUUUGCAGUAUUUGAAAAAAAAUGUCCGAUAAAAAAGAGAAAACAUUCAAGUUUGUGAUCGUGGGAGGUGGCAUCGCUGGAGUGACAUGUGCUGAGCAGCUGUCAUCUCAGAUCGAGUCAGCUGAUGUGGCUCUGAUCACAGCAGGUCCCCACAUCAAAGCAGUAACCAACUAUAAACAGGUGUCCAAGACGCUGGAAGAAUUUGAUGUGGAGGAGCAACCAUCCAGUGUCCUGGAGGAGAAAUUCCCCAACCUGACUGUAAUCCACUCUGCUGUCAAAGCACUCCACACACAAUCACAUUCUGUGGAAACUACAGAUGGUCGUGUUUUCGGUUAUGAGAAGCUGUGUAUCUGCAGCGGGGGCAGACCUAAGCUCCUAACUCAAGAUAACCCUUAUGUGCUUGGCAUACGGGACACAGACAGCGCUCAGGAGUUUCAGAAGCGGUUAUCAAGUGCAAAGAGAAUCGUCGUCGUUGGAAACGGAGGGAUUGCCUUAGAAUUAGUAUAUGAGGUGGAAGGCUGUGAGGUGAUCUGGGCUGUGAAGGACAAAGCCAUAGGAAACACCUUCUUUGACGCCGGAGCUGCACAAUUCCUCGUCCCGUCGCUGGAUGCUGUUAAACCGGAGAGAGCGGUUCCCUGUAAGAGGACUCGCUACACCACAGAGGAAGCAGCCAUCGGAUCGUCACACACUUUCACAGCAGAUAGAAACCUGCGAGGGCGAAGUUCUGGUCCUACAGAGUCCGGCAGCGCCCUCGGACCAGACUGGCAUGAAGGGAUAGUUCUACAAGGAGCAGAGAAGGUGUCCCGCAGAGUUUCAGUGGAAUACCAGUGUGAGGUGAAAAAGAUCUUCACCUCAGAGGAGCUGCUCAGUUCCCCGCAGCAAACACUCAGAACUGACACGGUAGGGACCUGGCCUGUUUACAUCCAGCUGACCAAUGGCAAGACGUUUGGCUGUGACUUCAUUGUCAGUGCCACCGGUGUCGUGCCAAACACAGAGCCAUUUCUCCAUGGUAACAAUUUUGCGUUGGCGGACGACGGAGGCCUGCAGGUAGAUGACCACAUGAUGACAUCAGAGCCAGAUGUCUAUGCAGCGGGGGAUGUGUGCACUGCAUGCUGGGAACACAGCCCAAUGUGGCAGCAGAUGCGUUUGUGGACGCAGGCCCGUCAGAUGGGCUGGUACGCAGGCCGCUGCAUGGCCGCGCACGUCCUGUCAGAACCGAUCGAGCUGGACUUCUGCUUCGAGCUCUUCUCACACAUCACUAAAUUCUUCAACUACAAGGUGGUCCUGCUGGGGAAGUUUAACGGGCAGGGGCUGGGGCCUGAUCAGGAGCUGCUGAUGCGCUGUACUAAAGGCGUGGAGUAUGUCAAGGUGGUUCUCAGCGGAGGAAGGAUGGUCGGAGCAGUGCUGAUCGGGGAGACAGACCUGGAGGAGACCUUUGAGAACCUGAUCCUCAACCAGAUGGAUCUGACGCCGUACGGAGAGGAGCUGCUCAACCCCGACAUCGAUAUAGAGGACUACUUCGAUUGAGACUUUGGGAGCAUGUUGAGCAACGUGAACUGGUGAAUCGUGCGAGGUGGAGGGCGUUGAUGCAGAAAACAUGAAUGUACGAAUCCAAAGGUCUGGAGAAUUUCAAAAGAAUUUGGGUGGAAAGUUGCAUUCAGUGUCCAAGCAUCAGACGUGUCCGUUUUAUUUUUGGCACUGACAAACAACUGAGUGAUUAUGUUGGAUCUGUAACGGAUUUGUAAAUUAAACAAGAAUCUAUUUUGCUGUAAAAUAUUUGAAAACCAAAUGAAGCGAAUCUGUACUGAAAAGGGUGAACAUUUCAUUUACUGUUAGGUUUCAUUUCAGUUAUCACUCUGGAGAUCUGUUGGCUUAGCCGUAACUUAAAAGCAAAACCCACCUCUUAGAACUACUCAACUACACAGAUGUUUUUUUAAUGCAGAAGAAUGG